UGCCACAAUGCCUGGGUCUCUUCCAGUGAAUGCUGAAUCCUGUUGGCCAAAAGAUGUGGGAAUUGUUGCCCUGGAAAUUUACUUUCCUUCUCAGUACGUUGACCAGACGGAACUGGAGAAGUACGAUGGGGUAGAUGCUGGCAAAUACACCAUUGGGCUUGGCCAGUCCAAGAUGGGCUUCUGCUCUGACCGAGAGGACAUCAAUUCUCUCUGUUUGACUGUGGUUCAGAAGCUCAUGGAGAGGAACAGUCUUUCCUAUGACUGUAUUGGGAGAUUAGAAGUUGGAACGGAGACAAUAAUUGACAAAUCAAAGUCGGUAAAGACUGUCCUGAUGCAACUCUUUGAAGAAUCUGGUAAUACAGAUGUUGAAGGAAUUGACACCACAAACGCGUGCUAUGGAGGCACUGCUGCUCUCUUUAAUGCUGUUAACUGGAUCGAGUCCAGUUCCUGGGAUGGCCGCUACGCGCUCGUUGUCGCUGGAGACAUCGCUGUUUAUGCCACUGGAAAUGCCAGGCCGACGGGGGGAGCCGGAGCAGUUGCCAUGCUAGUUGGCCCAAAUGCACCUUUAAUUUUUGAGCGAGGGCUGCGUGGGACCCACAUGCAGCAUGCCUAUGACUUCUAUAAACCAGACAUGGUGUCCGAGUAUCCUGUAGUUGAUGGCAAACUAUCCAUACAGUGCUACCUCAGUGCCUUGGAUCGCUGCUACACUGUCUAUCGCAACAAGAUCCAUGCCCAGUGGCAGAAGGAGGGAACAGACAGACGUUUCACCUUGAAUGACUUUGGAUUCAUGAUCUUCCACUCUCCCUACUGUAAACUGGUGCAGAAAUCUGUGGCCAGGCUGUUGCUGAAUGACUUUCUCAGUGAUCCGAACCCUGAAACAGCAAAUGGUGUUUUCAGUGGUCUGGAGGCUUUCAGGGAUGUUAAACUGGAAGAUACCUAUUUUGACAGAGAUGUGGAAAAAGCUUUUAUGAAAGCUAGUGCCGAGCUCUUCAAUCAGAAAACCAAAGCUUCCCUGCUCGUGUCCAACCAGAAUGGGAAUAUGUACACACCCUCCGUCUACGGCUGCCUCGCUUCCCUUCUAGCCCAGUACUCCCCAGAGCAGCUCGCCGGACAGAGGAUCAGCGUGUUCUCGUACGGCUCAGGCUUUGCCGCGACACUUUAUUCCAUCCGAGUGACGCAGGAUGCCACCCCAGGUUCUUCCCUGGACAAAAUAACCGCCAGCCUUUCUGAUCUUAAAACAAGACUUGACUCAAGAAAAUGCAUUGCACCUGAUGUCUUUGCUGAAAACAUGAAGAUUAGACAGGAAACACAUCAUUUGGCCAACUAUAUUCCGCAGUGCUCGGCAGACGAUCUCUUUGAGGGAACGUGGUACCUCGUGCGUGUGGAUGAAAAGCACAGGAGAACGUAUGCGAGGCGCCCGCUGCUGGGUGACGGGCCGCUGGAGGCGGGAGUCGGAGUCGUCCACCCCGGCGUGGUCCAUGAGCACAUCCCAAGCCCUGCUAAGAAAGUGCCAAGAAUCCCUGCAACAACAGAAUCGGAAGGCGUUACUGUUGCCAUUUCCAAUGGGGAGCAUUAAGAUACCUCUGUGAGG